AUGCCAUCGGCUUCAGAGCCAACCUGCUCCAAGUUUCACUACGAAGAGCAGACUCUAGAAAAAAUGAUCAGACAGGAAAUAAAAGUUGAGAAAAUGAAAAGUGAUAUGCAACUUACGGAGCAACGAGUACUCGAUGCUUUAGAGAAACUGAAAAUGGAAAGAAAUGAAUUCAAUAAAGAUCUUAUGAAAAAAGAAGGUGAUAUUGAAGUGCUGAAGACAAAAAUGGACGAGGAGCUGAAUAGAAUGAAAGCAAAAACUAACGAAACAAUUGAUAACUAUUCAAAAGAAGUACAGAAAAUAAAGGAGCUGGCAUUUACGCCAAUUAUCGCAUUCAAAGCAGACACGGCCGGUGAUAGAUCGUUAGAAAACAACAUGGUGUUUGUCUUCUCAAAUAUCAUUCUUAACAUUGGCGAUGCCUAUAACAAAAACACUGGUGUGUUUGUAGCACCUGCAAGUGGAUUAUAUCUGUUUACAGCACAG